AAGAACACGUGUUUUCAAAUUGAAAGUAGCUGUAUGACAGUAGUCGAAUAGAUAGUAUGAUGCCUUUGUAUCAUGCAUGAAAUUGAAGAAGAAUUUUUGGAUUUCCUUAAGUACUGGAAAUUGCAAAACAAUCGGAUGAAUAAAAAAGAUAAAUUGAAAUGCAUUAACAGUGCUGGUAAACAAUGCAAACUCGCAAAGAAGUUUGAAACGUCAGCCAGUUUUGGAAGUCAGAGUCAGAUUGUGUAUGUUAUGAAAGAGGCACUCUUAGACGAUGACCCUUUCAUACGUUAUUCAGCUGCCAGGACUUUGGGAGAUGCCAUAAAUCAGUUUGAAGAUACAGAUUUUGUUCCAUUGUUCAGCGACAUGAUCUCAUCGAUGUUCAAUAUUCAGUAUGAAUAUAGAGUGAGCCUCCUUGAUUUUUUGGGACACCAGUUAACUCAGACAGUGGUUGAAAAGAACUGGCUGCAGCUUGUGACAGUGAUGGGAAAGCAAUGGAUGCGGUUAUGUGAAGUAUGUCUCAUGGACUCUCUUAUAGUCCCUGGACGUGAAGAUUCUUCUUUUCUUACCAAGAAGACAUCGGACAAGGUUGUCAUGCACUGUCAAUUUCUUCAGCUUUGGAAAAGAAUCAUUAAAAGAUGUGCCAACAGCAAACAAGAAAAUCUUAUUGAAUUCUUGAAACCGGUUUUGAACUUGAUAUCUAAGAUAAAACCCAAGAUUCUUGAAAAUAAGAUGACAUUUAGAGCUGUGUUGAAAUUAAUUUAUACUGUGGUAAGAAACAUAGGUGUUAUUUCAGAAUUUGGGACUGAAUUGAAGGAUCUAAGUGUUCAACUUGGAAAAGCCUUUGUGGGCUGCUUCUCUCCAGAAUGGUUUGAAGAAUUUUCAUGUGACUUUAAAGAUGGAUUUGGAGGAGAGUUAACAGUAAAUUCAAACAAUCAACAGGGCUAUUCAAUCCUCAGAACAGUGGCAAAUAUCUGCAUCAAACUUGUCUCAGUUAUACCAAAGCUAGGUUUGGAUCCAACCAAUGAUAAUUUGUCAUCAGUUUUUGAAACAUUAACGUCACUGGAUACUUGGAUGGGUAGAACUAUUGCUCUGAGUUCCUUUUUGUGGGUUCCUCGUGUUUACUCCGAGCAAGAUGAUGGAUGGAUCAAUAUUUUGAUGACUCUUUUGGAGAUAUACAUGGAAGGAAAAGCCAGGUCACAAAAUCAGAAAGAUUUUGGUUCUACUCAGGACGCAUUGAAUAAAAUACAACCUCACCAGCAAUUCUUACUGUUUUUGGACAACACAGGAUUCGAUGACACCCUGAUUGUGGAUCUCCUGGUCUCCCCAGAGACAUGUUUUCUGUCUUAUUUUACUCAAUACCUCAGGGUAGUCUUCUCUGAAUGGACAGAAUUUGUUAACACACAUUCUGAAUACAGGUCAGCCACUUCAUUGAAGGUUAGAAAUGAAUCAAAGGAAAGCUUAAACAUAGAAAAGGAAUUAAACUCCGAUGAAGAAAAGACAUCCGCAUCUGUGAAUGAAAUACAUUCUGAUUUGGAAUCCAAUAUGUCCCAUGGGUUGUCAUUGUUACAACAGUAUGAUGAUGAUGAAGAUGAGGAGGACGAUGAGCAGGAAGAAGAGGAGGAGUUAUUAGAAGAUAGCACAAAAAAAUCAGAUUGUGACAAGGAUUAUCAAAAUAAAGAUUCAGAACUUAUAAAAGACAAAAUUAAUCAUUCAAAAAGUUGUGAUUUGCCACUAGAUAAUGUCAGCAUGUGUUUGGAUCAAACAAUGGCUGUAUUGAUCAGGGUUAGAUUGAAGAUGGAGAAAUACAAAGACUCUAGUAUCAUUCAAUACAAUCCUACAGUUUUGAUUCAUUUGAUAGAGAAAGUAGAAGAACUGUAUGAACAGUAAAUGUAUUAAAACAUGCACUAUAGUUAGCAAAGAAAUUCCAAAUCCUGUUUAGCCUUUGUUGAUGUCUUAUGUAUGUGUAUAAUACUUAUUUAAAA